UACGCUCGAGACUAUCCACAGCAACAUAUCGCCGAUUGCGGCAAGAAGUAGGAUCGAGCUACACGCGCGGGGUCGAGCUAUACGCGCGCGGGGAUCGGCGAAGGAGAUCGAGCAGAAAGAGAGGGUUGGGGGGGGGACGUAGUCGGGGUCGGGGGAGGAGUGCGAGUAGGAGGAGGAAGAAGAGAUGCGAGGUAGGAGAUGUGGAAGGAAGUCAGGGACAGGGAAACAGGUACUCUACUCCCCCUUUCUUUGGUCAGACGUCUCCGCUCCCGCCGCCUCGCCGCUCUCCAGCUCUCCAACCGCAAGGAGAUCGUCAGCCCCCACCACGGCGCCGUCAACUCCCUUCAGAAGGGCGAUAUCUGCUAUCCGGGGCAUCAGAUGGAUCUGCCGCCGUUUAUGAUAUCCAGCACACCACUGAUUAUGAUGGAGGCCUGAUAGCCAAGCAUAAGAACCUGUUUGUAGUUGACAAGCAACAUAAUCACGGCCAUAAAUUUGCUAUAUCAACUGCUAUAUGGUAUCCCAUUGAUACUGGGCUUUUUAUAACUGGGUCUUUUGACCAUCAUGUCAAAGUGUGGGAUACAAACAUGAUUCAAGUUGUCAUGGAUUUCAAAAUGCCUGGAAAGGUUUAUGGCACAGCAAUGUCUUCAAUAGCAACUGCUCAUAUGCUGAUUGCUACUGGAAGCGCAGACGUUCAAGUUCGUCUAUGCGAUAUUGCUUCUGGAGCGUUUACUCACACAUUAUCCGGUCAUCGCGAUGGUGUUAUGUCAUUGGAAUGGUCUACCUCUAGUGAGUGGAUUCUAAUGACUGGGGGGUGUGAUGGUGCAAUACGCUUUUGGGAUAUUAGGCGUGCAGGAUGCUUCUGUGUUCUAGAUCAGUCACGGUCUCAGCUUGGGAGAAGGCCCCCUUUCUCUCAAGGCACGCCAAAGAGAGUAUUAGAGGAUUUUAUAGCCUCGACAGUUUCAACAGGAAAAUCUUCUUUCGAAAAAACUCCUGUAUCUCAGAAAAGGAUGCCUGUUGGCAAUGGGAAGAAGCAACUAACAACAUCUCGGAAAAACCAAAAUGUAUCAGGAGGUCCUUCAACACAGAGAUUACAUCCCGGUAUGUCGUCCUCUCAUAAUCGUGCAACAGCUCAUUAUGGUGCUGUUACUGGACUCAGAGCCACUUCAGAUGGCAUGUAUCUUCUAAGCUCAGGUUCAGAUUCCCGUUUAAGGUUGUGGGAUAUUGAAUCAGGCUGUAACACUUUGGUCAACUUUGAAGCUAUGCGCCUCCAGACUAGCAAAGCCAUACAGCUAGCCGCCUUUCAAGAUUCAUCUCUUGUAUUUGUACCAUCCAUGGCGAGCGUAAAGGCAUAUGAUAUGUGGUCUGGUACUAAUUUAGGGACCUUCCGUGGCCAUUAUGAACUGGUGAACUGUUGCUAUUUCAAUUUGCAGGAUCAGGAACUGUAUACUGGGAGCAACGAUCGACAGAUUCUUGUGUGGUCCCCAUCCAUUCCUGCAGUAACUGUAAUGGAAGAAGAUGACAAGAAAGGGCAGACUUUGUCAACAGACCGAGAUAACUGGAGUGACUAAGAAAACUUCUCGUCUUACAUGAAGAAGCUUCGAAUUUUCAUUCCCCAUUUGUAAAUAUGUUUGACUGACCCCCACCUAGCUUAACAUUAAUGCGAGUUUAUUAAUUAUCAAAUGUUUAGAGGAAAGAUGUACCUUGUAAUGUUCAGGGUGUCUACUAUCCACCUUGUCUUCUUGUUGUACAACAAAAUGGAGCUGAAAGAGACUGUCUCGUUGCACAUUUAUCUUUUCUUUUGAAGUUUUCAGGUGUCAUAUCUAUCAUCUUCUAUUUGAUUACUAUUGUUGUAGAGAUGUA